UUUGGUACUCUCGAAAUAUCGAGAAUUAUCAAGAGACACUCUUUAUUGCUGAGCAAAAUGAUCAGCCCCUCCUUGAGUAAAUUAAUUUAGACCGGAAGUGACGUCACAAAGGUAAAUAAAUUGAUUCGUUAUUUAAACGACGCGCUUCGCUGAUUGAUAAUCACUUACGAAUAUAUCAAUAUGGCGUCGAAUAUGUUUGCUUUGGGAUUGCUUCUAUCAACAUUAACAGUGCUGUUUCCAGUAACCUUAGAAAAGAGUGUUAAACAAGCUCCAAAGCCCACCAAGCAGAAAGUUGCUGUUUGUUUUCUCCCUAAACAAAGCGGCAUGUGUCAGGGCAAUUACCCUCGGUACUAUUUUGACCAAAAGACAAAGAAAUGCGURAAAUUCAUUUACGGUGGAUGUCAAGGAAAUCAGAAUAACUUCAUGACAAAAAAAGAAUGCAUCUACAAAUGUGCAACUGUAUCACCACAAGCCAAUGUGAACAAAACAAGUAAUGCAACACCAACAAAGUUGCAACAACAGAAGCCAUGUUUACUCUUCAAGAAGAAGGCUAUYGCUGGMAAUUCAUCCUUUGUKCCUGAGUGUGACAAAAAUGGUGACUACCAAGCCAAGCAGUGUUGGCAGCCAAACUCAAAAAAACCACAGGCUAGAUACUGUUGGUGUGUUGAUAAAAAAGGAAGAAAAGUGAGAGAAGUUAUAAAACUACCCAACAAUAAAGAGACGUGUACACCUCCCAAAACUAAGAGAGAACAGACUGAGUGCUUGAGCUUGGUCRACACCUAUCAUAAGAUGAUUGAUAAAGAUGUUUURGCAAAGAUYUAUGUCCCUCAAUGUGACGACUACUCAGGACUAUACAACAUUCGACAAUGUUUCCAAAAUUUUUGUUGGUGUGUUGACAGAUUUAAUGGAAGGCGAAUCAAGGAUGCAUUUGGACAUGAAGACACUUUGAAAUGCCCUUAGGCCUGACAAGUUUCAAAAGAACUCCACAGAAAAGGAACAAUCAAACUCCUAUGCUACUCCUAAUGUUUAUCUAUGAAUUAUUUUUUUAGUUAUGUAGUUUAGGAGCAUUUCUAGAAUUUGUGAUAACAGUACAACAAUAUGAAUAUACCAUUAUUGCCACUUGUUCUCUAUACUUGAGAGGCAGUAAGUAGAUAUUAUAUAUCAACUAUUACUAUAUUAUCGUUAAUAAUAAAGGAUGUAAAUGA